CUGAUAAAGCCUUGCACGGAUCUCAAAACAUCAGAAGUGCAUCAACUUUCAAGAUGCGAACAACGUCAGCCGUAUUAGCACUUUUGUUGGCUGUGUCAAUUGUCAAUGGGCAGACAACCAAGUUCGUAACUUCUGGUUAUGGCACAUCAAUUCAAACCUUUUCAGUGGACUUCAGUCAAGGGGGUGAAUUGACCCUCGACAACGAACAGACCUGGGAUCUGAAUCUGACGUUCUUGAGUUACGAUGCUUCCACAGGAUCUUUGUACGCCAUUCAUGAGGUCGAUUCGUACGACGAUUUUGAGAACUCAGGGGCUGUGUCUAGAUGGACACUAAGUGGUUCAGAUUGGAUCCAAAACGAGGUUUUAUCCGUGGAGGGGAAAGGUCCCUGUCACGUGCUUCUAGAUAAAGAGUCUAACCUCCUGUUCGUGGCCAAUUAUCUUGGAGGAAGUUUUGCCGUGUUCCAAAUCGAUCCAACCUCAGGAGCGAUUCUGCAGAACGUUUAUUCCGAGCAAUUUGAAUACGCCAGCGGGGUCGUUCCAGAUCGGCAAGCUGAUCCCCACGCCCAUGAGGCAAUUGUCCAAGGCGACAAUGCGUAUGUGAUCGACCUUGGGGCUGACCGCAUUUAUCAAUACAAGAUCGUAGAUGGGACGAUCCAAAAGAAUGGCUACGCCGAUGCCCCUCCUGGAGUAGGUCCCAGACACAUGGCACUGCCACCUACCGGCAAUUUGGCUUAUGUUAUGAAUGAACUGGAAAUGUCGGCCAGCGUUUAUGAGAUCAAUGAAGGGACCUUGUCGCAUCUUCAAACAAUUCCUUACACUGUGGCUGGCGCUGAUCCUGCAGUACAGACCGGCGCCGAAAUCGAGGUGGGACGCAAUGGGAACUUUCUGUAUUUAAGCACCCGAGGAGAUGGAGCAUUGGUCGUUUUCGAGAUCAAAAGUGCCCAGGAUGGAUAUUUGCAACAGAUUCAAGAGCUCAAGACACUGGGGGAUGUUCCCAGACAUUUUGCAUUGUCUGAGGAUGGCAAGAAUCUGGUUUGUGGUACCCAAGGAGCUAAUUUAAUCGAGGUCUACAGUAUAGACCAGACCACGGGAAUGGUGACCUUCUUGACCUCAGAGACCACAAUCCCAGAUCCAACUAUUAUCACAUAUCUAUAAACGUUGAAUAAAGACCUUAAAGAAUGAAA